ACAAGCAGUGGUUUGGCUGGCGCGAGGAGAUGAAGUUCCACUAGCUUCAACGGGCGCUGUCGUAGAGAAAGCGAGCAAGAUAAGGCGGCUCCCCAUACAGCGGAGAAACACGGUGAAUGCCUGAGACAUCUUGAAGUGUAUACCGUCCCUGCCUAGCCAGGAAGUUAUCAGAACUGUGUUUAUUUUUUGCGCUAUAAGUUUAUAUCCAGGAAAUAUGUGUUGGACUGUAAGCUUUAUAUUUUGCAUUCUCGUCUCAUUCGCCAUCCAAACACACGAAUACCUACCAGGUGUUCCUUUGAGCGAGCAGGACGUGGUCAAAACUAAUAGUGGUAUAAAAGUACCCUUUGGCAGGGCUGUUUAUGUCGACCCCGUGAAAGAUCUGGAAAUCAGGGUCAGAGAUGGAGAUAGAUGUACUGUCAAGGUUAUUCAAAAUGACCCUCUUUCUCAACGGCCAGGUAAGCUGACCCCCUCUCACUUCCCUUGUAAGUUUGAUAUUCGGGAGGUACAGUACUCCCACUUUGGGGCUCGCACGCCUCCUCAAGAUAUGGUUAAGCUACUGCUACGUUAUGAUACAGCCGAUGACACCAUAAUUGUGCCAUUUACUAUAAAUGUUCAGGUACUUUUUGAUCAGUUGGAAGUCGUUACCAGAAACAUGCCGAUUACAGUAGACAACCUUCUGGGAGUAAGCACGCCUAUUGAUAAUAAAGCACUGCAGUUUACGUAUGACAAGAACAAACAGGAUUGUGAGGUGAUGGUUCUUGAAAGUGAGGAACUGCCACGAUAUGGGGAGGUUGUAAAUAUCUCCAACAGUGGAGUGAGGCAGAACUGUGACAGCUUUCUGCAGGCGGAUAUCCGCUACAGACAUACGUCUUAUUCCUCGCCUAAUCAGGAUUACAUUCCCAUGGUGGUAAGAGUGACCGAUUCUAAUGGAAAUUUACUUAAACACGAAUACUUCCAAGUGACUGUGAGGAUAAAAGAUGGCCAGCCCAAUACCCCUCCUCAGCCAAGUUUCAGCUCUCUGUUGUUAAUGGACGUAAAUCAGUUUAUUAUGACAGCUAUCACCCCUCAGAUACUCUCAGCGCAAGAUUCAGAGACUAUUCCAGAGAAACUUAUCUUCAAUAUCACGUCUCCCUUAAGCUAUGGAGAGGGUCAGAUCGUCAGCACUGAUGAUCAGAAUGUUCCCAUUUCAUCUUUUUACCAAAAAGACUUGGAUGACCUUAAGAUAGCUUAUAAACCUCCUGCAUCUGAUUCUGACAUUAAAAGGACUUUUGGAGUGGAGAUGGAAGUAAUAGAUGCUGAAGGGUUGAAUUCAGAUCCGUUUAGCUUAAUGAUUAUUGUCCAUCCUAAGAACACUUUGGCGCCUCUAGCUACACGAAAUUCUGGACUUAUGCUAUUUGAAGGCCAGUCCAGGAAGCUUCAGAGUUCAAAGAACCUAGAAAUAGCUGAUGAAAAUAAUAUUGAUGAUGUCAUUGUGUCUGUAAAGGAUGGCUUGAGACAUGGUCAGCUACUGUUGAUGGGUAGCCCAGUGAAACAGUUCUCACCUGCUGAUCUUGAUGCUGGUUUGGUAACAUAUCAACAUGACGGUAGUGAUACUUAUAGUGAUAAUAUAAUCUUUAAACUAGAUGAUGGUGUUAAACAGGUAGAAUUUCUUUUCCCUAUCACUGUUUAUCCUGAAGACGAUGAACCACCUGUGCUAAAUGUGAACACUGGUGUGACCAUUCGUAAGGAAGAAAUGAAAAUAACCCCAUUUGUUCUGAGUGCCACUGAUGUUGACAGUGAUGAAUUUAGAAUAAAGUUUGAAUUAAAAAAUCCUCGUUCUUCAGAAGGAGAAAUAUUCAUGAAACAGACCGAGGCACCUAUUGAUCCACAAAACUGGCAAUUUGUGAAUGGUAGCUACAAGAGAGCCAUCACAACCUGGACACAACAGGACCUUUUGGAAGGUCGCAUAUUUUACAGACGCACUGGUGACCACAAAACUGAGCCCAUCAUAGACCGCAUCAAAUUUCGUGUAUCUGAUGAUAACAUCCCUCCGAAUGAAUCUGGAGACAAAGAAUUUGUUAUCAAAAUUAUGCCCCUUGAUAAUAUACCUCCUGAGCCAUAUUUAGGAACUCCUCUUGAAAUAGUAGUGGACGAAUUUGAAAAAACUGUCAUUACAAAAAAGCAUCUUCGUUUCACAGAUAUGGAUACUAAAGACAGAUACUUGAAGUACGUGAUCACACGUAAACCAUACAACACUGACCCAAACAAUCCAUUAGAUCCAGGAAAGAUAGUUUUAUCCGAAACUCCUGACCAAGAAGUCACUAACUUUACUCAAGCUCAAGUUAAUCACCAUAAGAUAGCUUACAAGCCCCCAUCAGUUGAACUAGGUAUCAUCCCACGAAUUAUACAGUUUGAGUUUCAAGUGGAAGAUUCGAUAGGAAACGUUCUUCCUGGACAAACUUUCACCAUUAGGCUGAAACCUGUGGAUAACAAGCCACCGGUUAUCUACAAUAAAGGACUGGAAGUAUUUGAAAAUGGUUUUGUGACACUCAGUCUUAAUGUUUUAGAUGCUGAUGAUGUCGACACAGAACCUAACUCCAUUGUUUUUACUGUUAAACAAGUUCCCAAUCACGGUAUCUUGAAUUAUGGAAUUAAAAACCUCAGAAAAGGUGCUACAUUCACAAAGAAAGAUAUUGCUAAUGGACUUGUGAGUUACAUUAAUAAUGGAGCUGAGAAGGAUAGUGAUAAGAUUGAACUUGAAAUAUCAGAUGGCAUACACAAAGUUCCCAUAACCAUAAAUAUCCAAAUUCGUCCUAUUGAUGACGAAGCACCUGCUCUGGAGAUAGCUCCGGGUACAAUUGGUGCAUCUGUAAACGUGAAGGAAGGUGGCAAAGCACCCAUCACCACGAAAAUUAUUAAAGCUUCUGAUCCAGACACAGAAGACUUGAAAAUAACAUUUCUUAUUGACUACCCUCCAAGACAGGGCAGGAUUGAACUGAAUGGAGUCAACACUGACAGAUUUACCCAAGGUGAUAUGGAAAGCGAGAGAGUGUUUUAUAUACAUAAUGGAGCUGAAAUAGGAGAAACCAGCACUGUAGAUACCUUUAAUUUAUCUAUAUCUGAUAUGUCCAAUGACCUGCUAUUGGGAGGUAAUAAAAUUGAUUAUAUCCACGUCAAAGUUAAUAUUGAACCAGUGGACAGUGUAGCCCCUGUUGUAACUGUAAAACCAACACUAGUCGUUCCUGAAGCCAACAAGGCCACUAUAACCCUGUUUCAUUUAAAUUCUACCGAUAGAGACACUAAGGAUGAUAAUAUAGUUUGCACUAUUCUAGUGCAGCCAUUACAUGGAUAUGUAGAAAAUAUAUCUCCUGGUCCAGGUUCUGAAAGGUCUAGAGCUGGAAUACCUGUCACUGCCUUCAAGAUCGCCGAUAUAAAAAGUGGAUUUAUAAAUUAUGUUCAGAGUGUCCAUAAGGGGGUGGAACCUACCAAUGACAGAUUCACGUUCAGUUGUUCAGAUGGAAUAAACUUUUCUCCUAGAUCUAUUUUUCCAGUUCAGAUUGAACCAACCAAUGACGAAAUCCCUCAGAUAUUUAUGAGAGAGUUUGUUGUUGAAGAAGGCAUGAAACUAAGUAUCGACUUGCCAAUUCUUAAUGCAGACGAUUUGGAUGUCCCAAAGAAUACGUUAACAUUCAGAAUUAAGAAUAAACCAAAGCAUGGCAAAAUCGUGGUCCAGUUGGCCACAGGAGACGAAAUAAUUGAUAGUUUUACCCUAGACCAAAUAUCCUAUGGCUCAAACAUUAUGUACGAACACGAUGAUUCUGAAACUAAGGAAGAUGAGUUUGAAUUGGAAGUAAGUGAUGGGUUACAUAAUACCAGUAAAAAGGUUAAGGUUAUGAUUUACCCUGUCGAUGAUGAAACUCCUCGCUUAGCAAUCAAUGACGGUUUGGAGGUAGGUAAAGGAGAGGGUAAGUUAGUUACAAAUAGGUUACUUAAAGCAGAGGACAUAGACACUGACGACAGCACUAUAAUGUUUGUAGUUCGACAACCACCUAGACAUGGCGAUUUUAUUUUGUUGGAUCCCAUUUCUCGAUUACCUUACCUCAACCUAACGAAGGGAACCAACUUUACACAGGGCGAUAUUGAUGAAGAAUUAAUCAUGUAUGUUCACACAGGAAGGGAAGGUGUCAGAGAUCUGAUUAAAUUCGAUGUUACUGAUGGUCGCAACACUUAUGUUGACAGAUACUUCUGGAUUUCCGUGGAAGGGGUCGAUCUAGUAUAUCCUGAUGUUAUCAAUAAGGGCGUGGAACUUCCAGAAGGGGGACGGGUUACAUUGACAACAGAUGUUCUUAGUACUAGCGAUCUCAACAGUGAUGAUGAAUACCUAAGUUUCAUCAUAACCAGGGAUCCAACCAGAGGGCAUCUGGAGUCUACCGACAAUCCAGGUAUUCCAGUGACGUUAUUCACUCAAAUGGAUCUCGCUGGAAACAAGAUCUACUAUGUCCACACUGAUGGUGAAGAGACCAAGAUGGACAGUUUUGAAUUUGAGGUUACAGAUGGCUACAACUCUGUGUUUCGAACGUUCAGGAUCUCAAUUAGCGAUGUGGACAACAAGAAACCAAUUGUGUUUAUCAACAAACUGCGAAUACUCGAGAGCGGUGAAGGACUUAUUACUCCAUUUGAGUUGAAAGUAGAGGACAGAGACACGGAUGAUAAAAAGUUAAAACUUACUAUAACUCAAGUCCCAGUUCAUGGGAAGAUAUUAUAUAACAAUCUCUACCCUAUUACAGUAUUCACCAUGGAAGAUUUACGAGAAAAUAGGAUUAGUUAUCACCACGAUGGUAGCGAAAGUAAAGAAGACAAUUUUUCUUUCACCUUAACGGAUGGCACUCACGUGGGGUUUUAUGUGUACCCAGACACAGCGAAAGAAACCCGAAGGCCACAGACAGUUGAAAUAGAAAUCGUACCAGUUGAUAACAAUGUGCCCCAAGUUGUGUUAAAUAGGGGCGCUUCGGCUAUCGGGCCACUACACAAUGGUCAACUCGGGUACCGCUUUACUAACAAAGUUCUUCGAGCAGAAGACUCGGAUAGCCAGGAAAUUGUUAUACAAUACAUUAUUACUGUGCCACCAAAACAUGGGGUUAUUAUCAACAAGGCCUUAGGGAACGAAAGUAUUUCCAACUUCACUCAAGGCGACAUCAAUGGGAUGGUCAUUUACUACAUCCUUGACGACCUGGAGAACGCCACGAGUGACAUCUUCCAUUUCAAAGUUGUUGAUGCAGGUGCAAACGAAUUACCGGGUCAGGAUUUUCGACUAAACUGGGCCUGGAUAUCUCUGGAAUACGAUACAUACGAAGUAAAUGAAACGAAAAAGUACUUGAAAGUUAAGCUGUUUCGAAGAGGCUAUUUAGGCGAAACGUCGUUUAUUGGUAUUAAGACGAAAAACAUUACAGCGAAGCAGGGCGAAGAUUUUGGUAAGCAUUAUGCUGAACAAGUCCAGUUCAGUCCUGGACAGACGGAAGCUUAUUGGAAACUUCGAAUCACAGACGACAGCUUAUUUGAGAAUGGCGAAGAGUUUGAGAUCUUGUUAGAGGAGCCAGUCAUGGCUGCCACUGAAUAUCCCGAUAAGGCCGUAGUAACUAUUUUGGAUGACGAAGACGUUUCGACAGUGGAGUUUCCUGAACCAGAAUACGAGGUAAAGGAAAAUGUUGGAGAAAUCCUAGUGCCUGUCGAAAGAAAAGGUGAUCUUAGCAAGGAGAUGAUGGUGGUCUGUUCCACCGAAGCAGGUUCUGCAACAGGGACGAUUCCAGCAUCUGUCCAGUCGUUCUCAGACUUCAUCAGUCGUCCUGAGAGUCACAAAAGUGUCAUCAGAUUUAACCAAGGAGAAGAACUCAAAUACUGCCGUUUAGUGAUAAUUGAUGAUUCACUGUAUGAAGAUGAUGAGUCCUUCAAAAUCAGACUCUCCCAACCGUUGGGGGGCAAAGUGGGGGUACAGAAUGUAACAAAAGUCAUAAUUGCUCCCGAUAAACACGACGUCCCAUUCUUCUAUUUCGGCGAGCCUGAAUAUUACGUAGAUGAAAGCGACGGUUAUGUUGAGGUAAAAGUUUGGAGGACCGGAACUGACCUCAGCAAACCUGCAAGUGUCACAGUCCGCUCAAAACCUUCCGACCCGCCAUCUGCAGAGGCUGGAAACGAUUACGUUGGGACCGGGAAAACGUUGAAUUUCCCACCUGGCGCAACUCUGGAGACCUUCAGAAUAACCAUCUUGGAUGAUCUGGGUCAACCAGUUUUGGAAGGACCGGAAACUUUUGAGCUGGUUCUGCGUAUGCCGAUGAAUGCUGAGUUGGGCAAGCCUAGUCAUGCUGUGGUGACCAUUAACGAUUCUCUUUCUGACUUACCAUCCAUGCAGUUCCGGGAUACAGAAUAUACAGCUUUAGAAAAUGAUGGUGAAGUUACGGCGUACAUUAUUCGAAGCGGUGACCUAGGACAAGUGUCCACUGUCCACUGUUACACCCGCCAAGAUACCGCGAAAGUCACAGAAGACUAUGUAGAAAGACCGAAUACUAACGAGUCUCUCGUUAUUUUUGAGCCAGGUGACAGGGAAAAACCAUGCACAGUGAUCUUGGUUAAUGAUAGUAUUCACGAGCAAGAAGAAAUAUUCCGAUUGAGGCUUGGAUCUCCCUCAAGUGAAACGGCAGGUGGCGCUUUGGUCGGUCCCAAAAAUGUGACUAAAAUUACAAUAAAAGAUAAAGGAGACAAACCCGUAAUAAAAUUCGAAAAAAAUCGAUAUAAUGUAAAAGAACCUCGGCAUCCUGAUGACAUUGCAGUAGUGGAAGUACCGGUAAUUCGAAGGGGUGAUCUAAGCAAAACGUCUCACGUGCGAGUACACACUAAAGAUGGUUCAGCCAAGUCUGGAAAAGAUUACGUUCCAUUUUCCAGGGAACUGGAAUUCGGACAAAAUGUAAGCCGAAUAAUCGUAGAAAUCGAAAUUCUGUACGAUGAGGAGAAGGAGCAUCGUGAGGCUUUAACUCUCCAUCUCCGUCCAGAUAGAGAUAUGAUUGCUGAUAUAGAGGACAGCAAAGUGAUUAUUUAUAUUCAAGAAGUUAAUAUUGUUGCUGACGUCACCUUCCCAUUCGAACCAAUGGUCGUUUCGCUGAAAGAUUACGAUGAUGCAGCCAGUGCAUCAUCCAGUCCUAUCCCAGGGUAUCCAGUAGUGUGUAUUACGUCGUGUAACCCUAAACAUCCAGACUCUGAUAGAACAGGUACUCUCUGCAGCUCGGAAGGUAUCAACGACAAUUUGACAGAGUUUCGUUGGCGUGUGGCAGCCCCUAGCGGUCACGACGGUGUAACAAGCGAGCUGAGGAACAUAGAAUCAAGAACCUUUUUCACUGGCACACACGAUAUUACUCUGGAUAGUAUUUACUUUGCACCAGGAAGUCGCGUGCAAUGCGCUGCACGAGCUGUUAACCAAGACGGGGAUCCAGGGCUGGAGUUGGAGAGCAAAACUGUGGUUAUAUCCUAUUCUAAUGGGUUGUGUUCACCUCGUAUUGAGGGAUCCACCGGUGCAGAACCAUUUACUGCUAAGAUGAGGUAUACAGGUCCAGAUGAUCAGGAUUACCCCAACUUGAUAAAACUGACCGUGGUCAUUCCACACCGUGAUGGGAUGCUACCAGCUAUCUCGACGCAACCAUUGUCCAACUUCGAACUGACGUUGAGCCCAGAUAGUCUGAGAGUUGGUACACAUAAGUGUUCUAAUCUAAUAGAUUACCAAGAAGUUCGCACCAAGCAUGGGUUUCUCACCAACGAUACGAAGAAUCCUAAUGUUAUCGGUGAAGUUGAGCCUUACCAGUAUAGUUCAGAUCUGAGGACAGACCCUACACUCAGGUUCUAUAGGAACUUGGACUUGGAAGCUUGCAUGUGGGAGUUCACAGCGUAUUAUGAUAUGUCAGAACUAGUGACCGACUGUGGAGGAACGAUCACCAGUGAUGGACAGGUUUUAAACCUCGUCCAGUCUUUCGUGUCUGUUCGUGUUCCAUUGUAUGUUUCGUAUAUUUUCCAUUCUCCUGUUGCUACUGGCGGAUGGCAACACAAUGAUCUUAUAUCACACAUGCGACUCACUUUCGUCUACGACACCGCCAUCUUGUGGAAGAACGGAAUAGGAGCUCCAGAGGAGUCUCAGCUUCAGGGUAAUCUCUACCCUACUGGCAUGAGAAUACGAGAAGAUGGACGACUAGUUGUAAACUUUAGAACAGAACCUCGGUUCAAAGGCCGGUUUGUACUUAGUCAUCCAGGAAGUGGUCUUACGUCCAUGGUGAUGUCACAGGAUCAACCGGAACUGACGUUUACUUUGGAAUUAAUUCGUAGUGAGCCAACUUACGCCCAGCCUGAACAGCAAUGGGAGUUCGUCUCAGAUCUAGCAGUUCGAGAUUAUUCUGGAAACUAUCACGUUAAGUUGAUUCCGUGCACUGCCACGGACACUAUGGAAUACUCCCACUCUUUGGAAUGUAAUCCUCGAGACCCAAUCGUAUUUGACCUCCAGAUUCGAUUUCAGCAGGUCAGUGACCCAGUGCCAGCAGAAUUCAGCUUGAACACCCAUUUCCACCUGAUGCGGAAGAAAGCCCUCUGGCUCUCAGAUGGGUCCAUGGGAUUCGGAGAAGAUUCGGACGUUUCUUUUGUACCAGGAGACACGGUUUAUGGACGCAUAAUGGUAGAUCCUGUCCAAAAUCUAGGAGAGUCUUUUUACAUGACCAUCGAGAAGUGCUUCCUAUGUACAGGAGAAGAUGGUUACGUACCCAAGUACAACCCUGAUAACUACGAGUACGGAUGUAUGGCUGAAUCUCCUAACUUGCUGCACACUUUCAAAAUCAUUGAUAGAGGAGCUCCCAACACAGUAAAAAAUUAUUUCAGAAACGUGUCUUUCAACGCUGUGCUGGCUGUUGAUGAUGUGGAACCGGAAGUUGCGAAUCUGAAAAAUCAGCCGGGUGCUGAUGGUUUCCGUUUUGAUUCUGCGCCACUUUUUCAAGUGUCGUCUGGGACACAGUGGUUUGUUCACUGUAUCUACACUGUUCGUUCAGAGAAAAAUGCUGCUAGGGGAAUAGGAAAACGGAGUAUUCCGUAUCAUAGUUUACAAAAUGCUGGUGCUGCCCUCUCACGGCGCAAGCGGGCGUCCAAAGAUGUAGAUGGAGUUGGUAAAGAUGGGCUUGGAACCAACAUGAAUCGUAUUGUUCUACAGUUCUCACGAGACUCCGGGACAACAGCAGAGGAGGAGGAAGCAUCAGGUGACUCUGGUGUAUUCCAAGAUGGUGCCAAUAAAGAAAACAACGAAACUGGUCUUCCGCUUAUUCCAGUAAUUGCUGGUAUCGUCUGUUCUCUGAUAGUCGUCAUUAUCGUUGCCGUCGUUCUUGUCCGAAGAAAAUGGAAUUCAGAAAAUAAAUUUCCGCCUUCCCAUGCAGCCACUGUCGUAGCUUCGAAUGGACAGACUCGGCUCGUAGUUCCAUCUUAUAACAUCACCGAUGGAGACAACACUGAGGUGUAAAACAAAAUAUGGAAGCCACAGCUCUUAAAAUUAAUAGAGAAUAAACAUCCAUAUAAAUAAUUUUGAAGUAUGUGACUUAAGCUUCAAACAAGAAAACUUAGGCUUGUAUUGUGUGUGAUUUCAUAAAGCCUUUCUUUACCAGUUACCAUAAGGCUUAUUAUUAUAAUACCACGUAGCGACAAAAAGAGUUUAAGCCUAAUUUUUUACUCUUUCUGACAAUGAAGAGAAACUGACUUUUUUAUGCAUGCUCACCGCCCUCUAUAUACUUAGUUAUUUUUUAUUUACACGUGGUUAGUAUAUAAACAUUCACGAGCCACAAAAAAGUAGAACACCAUUGGAAAACUACCGACGAUUGAUUUUUGUAAAGUAUCGUGGUUAAUGUUGGAAAAUUACCGACGUUUGUCAUUUCAUUUUGUGGUUAAUAUUUUAUAAGUACUAGUAUUUAUGUGCCAUAAUUUUAUAUGUAUGUGAUAUAGCUACGUCCUAUUAUAAACAAGGAGAAGAUCUAUAAAAUCGAGCUUGUAAAGUAUUGAAUACAUGACUUGCAUUUCCAGUUUUUGGUUUAUCGGUUUGCUAUUUUUAAUGAGUAAUUUUAACGUAAAAUAAAUUACAAGUAUCGUUUCAUAUUCUAAAACAUUUAUUUCAAAAACUCCUAUUAUUCUGACAGCAAAGGGAUAGACAGCAUGUAUAAGUAAUAAUACUACCACAUGAAUAAGCUUGUAAAAAGCCAAGUCCCAUGUAAUCACCCCUUUUCUUGUGAUUAAUUAACUAAUCCAUGGGUAUAUAAUGGUUAAGUUGUUAAAAAGUGCCUUGCAUGGCCAGGUGGUUAGGGCGUUCGUCUCGCAAUCUGAGGGUCGCGGGUUCCAAUUCCCCGUCCCCAAAUUGGGGACAUAUCAUCUGCUAAUGAUAAAAAAGUGCCUCACUAGCAAGAGCUAGGGGGCUGGCCCUUUAUCUUAGUUAGUAGAGCGCUUGCCUGGUAUGUAACAGGUCUAGAAUUCAUAUCUGAUAAUAGUGAAAAAAAAUUACUACGUUGACAUCUAACUAAUGACAGUCCCACGACUAAAAAGUUAGGCCUGAGGACGGGCCUUGUUUGUGAAAGGGAAAGGAUAUAGCAGUUGAAAGGGUUAAAAAGAGCCUUACUUUAGCUCAGUUGGUAGAGUACUCACGUGGCAUGUGACAAAACUCUGGUCUGAAUCCGAGGCGAGAUAAUAUAUAUAUAUAUCGUGAAAAAAUAAAUUAUCACAAACAUUGAAUCUAGCCUAUUAUGUUAUCCCGUAAAUAGAUAAAGCUAAAAAAUAUUGAUGCUACUGUCUCUAUAGGUGUGUUUGUGUAAUUCUUAAAAUCAAAUAACGUACACCUAGUGUUUGUAACAUUCAAACCAACAAAAAUCAGUUAUUUCUAACGCUUCUAGGAAGAUUUAAAGAUGAUAUUAAUGGAUGAAUUCUUAAUGCAUUUUAGUAGCAAAUAGUUAACUAAAAAUAGUUCAACAAUUGCAUGGGUAGUUUUUAACAACAAAUUCUCCUUAUAAGAAAACCAAACCAUAUCCUUUAAAGCAUGACUUCACAUCUUGAUGUUCCCCCGUGGGUCAACAGUAAGUUUAUGGACUUAAACGUUAAGAUCUGGAUUUUGAUUUCCCGUGGUGGAUAAAGCGCAGAUAGCCUAUUAUGUAGCUUUGCGCUAAAACAUACACACCUGAAAAUGUAUCUGAUGAGAAAGGCAGUAAAUAAAUAAACAACCUAUAAAUAUCAACAACGAUAAAAUCAUGAUAUUCUUUAUUUAUUGAAUCACCUCUUGGUUUCUAACACCACCAAUUUUGAUGUGGUUUGGGCCAGUGACGUAAUUGCAAAAGAUGCCCCCCCCCCGCGCAUAAAAAGUAAUUCAGCCUCUACAUUUAUUUCCCUACAAUUGUAGUUACUAUUCUGGCUGAUUCGCAUCUCCUCUGGGCUAGCCCCCCCCCCCGCAAUUGCAGGGGCUGUGAGAGCAUACGUAUGAUACUGGAUAGGGCAUGAUUCCUACAAACAUAAACCCUCUUUUUGAAAAGGUGAGAAUUAACGCCCUUAAA